AUGGGGGAUGCCGCUGAAGAUAAGGAAACCGCAGCUAGUGGAGAUACAGAGGUAGAAAAACCUGAAACUGAGCCCAAGCCCCCUCCAGAACCAGAGCCAAAGCCACCUGAUGUGGAACUAUUUGUUGAUGGCUUUGGAUUUAUGCCAAAAUCUAAGACAAGGGAUGACAGGCGACGAUCAAGUCUCUUUGCAAAAACAAGGUCAUCACAUAAAGAUAAUAAUGAGACCCACGGUGAGCAAAGCCCUUGCGCGUCCAGUACCAACAUUGAUAUAGUUAGAAGAUACACUUGGAAGACGAAAAACAGGAUGACAGUUCAGGUUAUAACGUAUGGAGCCACGAUCACUGCUAUUUCGGUUCCUGACAGGAAAGGAGUACCAGAUGAUGUCCUUGCAGGUUUUGACACAUUGGAAGAAUACUUCCAGCCUAGAAAUCCUUACUUCGGUGCGACAAUAGGGAGAUAUGCAAAUGUGAUCAGAGACGCCACCAUCAUGGUUAGACCAUCAGGAAGAUUGUACAUGAUCUCCAAUAACAAGGGACAUCAUCAUUACAAUGGAGGAUAUGUAGGAUUUGAUAAGGUGAACUGGCAUUCUUACGUAUCCGGCCUGAAAGUGAUAAUGACACAUGUGUCAGAGCGGUUUCACGAAGGGUACCCUGGGACUGUCAUGUGCCAGGUUACUUUCGAAGUGACCUGCGACAACACACUCAAGAUUGAGAUGAAGUGCACUACCAGCGAACCAACAGUUAUCAACAUGAGCAACGCACCGUUCUUCAAUCUCGCUGGCCAUCAUACCGGAGCUGACCUUAUGAUGGAUCAUAUUUUUACUAUAAAUGCUGAUAAAUUCACUGCUGUGGAUGACGAUGGACUAGUUACUGGUGAAAGAAAAGUAGUAGGCGGAACAGCCUAUGAUUUUCGUGUGCCUCGAGUCCUCAGAACGAUGAUGCCCAAGAUACCUAUGGGAGGCUAUGAUAUUAAUUACUGUGUUACUCGAGGGACAGAUCAGGACUUGGCUUUUCAGGCUAGGGUGCUGCAUCCAUUAACAGGACGAGUUCUCGAAGUAUACAGUAACCAGCCCGGCAUGCAGUUCUACACCGGCAACCUCCUGCCGGAUCCGGACAAAAUUGUCGAGCCUUUGCCGGCGGAGCCUGAGGAGGACGUAGAAGAGCAUGAGAACAGUGAGAUGUCCAGUGAGAAAUCAAGUGUACUAGGGGAAGAUGAGGAAGGAGACGAAAGCGAGGGUAGAAAGAGUUACGGUUACAUCCCUUUGCUAGGCAAGAAGGGCACUAUGUAUAAACGACACGGUUUAUUCUGUCUCAUGCCACAGAACUACCCUGACGCCGUAAAUAAUAAAAAUUUCCCGAAUUCGGUGCUAAAUCCAGGCGAAGAGUACAUUCAUAGAAUGCAGUACAAAUUCGGUAUACUACUUGGAAAAUAUGUAUAA